AGGAAAUGUGACCUCAUUCUGCCUGACAGCCACUGACGGCACAGGCUGAGUUUGAAAGGAAACAAGAGAGUGCAGUGCCUUCCCCACAGCUGUAUAAUAAUAGGCUGAUAUCACAGAGCCAGCAUUCUACAGGAGAGUCUCAUCCACAGCUCAGCAUACAAGGAUACAAGGAUAUGCAUCUCCCCUGCCUCUCCCCUGCAUCUCCCCUGCACCGCUCACUCCGGGGAUGAGGCUCUAACUGACCCGCUUGUUCUACUUUACCCAUUAGAACCGUCCGCCUCAAUGCUAAAUAUUCCAAAGUCAUCCAGGAACAAACCCUGCAACUCACCGGAGGUACUAGAAACUUUUUCCUGCUGGUAGAUCAGGACCACAGACAUUUUCAGGAUGGAUGGCAAAUCUCCUGCGAUGUCAACGCCGAAAAAAGGAAGAUAUUCAACAUUAUUCAAGGAGUUGGCACGACUGCCUUCCAUUCUUUUUGGCCAUUACUCAAGAGACACAUGCGAUUUGCUAAAAUUUGAUACACCUAAUAAAUCAUUCCUGCCUACGCUUGAUGCAUCACCGUGCCGGCACAGUCCUCGCUUACUUUCUAAUGGCUACUACGCGUUUGAGGAAGACAGCUACAACACUGAUGAUGAAGGAAACCUGUCUUUCAGCCCAACAAAAUGUACCAUUUCCUAUAAAGAAAACAUUGUAAGAAUAUUCCGAAGGAGGCGUAGACCACAUGCACAGAGAGCCCUUGAUCUUUCAAAUCACGAAAACCAAGACAGGUGGAGGCCACAGCUUGACGACGAGCUUGGUGACUGUGAACCUCUAGACUUUGUUCAAACAUUCAAUAACUAUGCAGGAAGGAUUACCGCUUGUACUUCAAGAAGCAUAAUUGGACCAAGUCUUGCUGCAAGUUUUCCCCAAGUGUUACAGUCAGAGCAAUCCAAUCUUAAAGAACAUCGAACUUCUCAACCAUCCCAGGACACUGGCUCACUGUCUUCAAUUUAUAAUUCAGAGAGCAGAACUUUGAUCCCAGUAAUCAGCUCUCCAAGUAAAGCACAAGUGGAAGAAAUUUUAGAGAAAAGCUCUACGUAUGGUUCUGUCGAAGAACAUUCAUGUAUAAACAAAGGUAACAACACAUUUUCAGAUGAUACGAAGAACCUCAUACCAGCACAACAGAAAACAAUUCCUUUAAGUCUGAUUGGAAGCGUGGAGGACAUUUCUGAGACAGAACCUGAUAAAGCAAGGCAGGAGAAAAAUGUUUCUAUUGCUGUAUUCUACAUCGGCAUCUUCAUUUUCUUCAUUGUCCUUUGUGCAAGGUAAGGAACAUAAAAUGCC